ACAUGAUCAGUCAUGUGAUAGCCAUGGUAAAAUUAGAUAUCCAUCAGAAUUUCCUACGAGCAUGCCACGUUGUUUAUUUAUUAUACACAUCUGUUCGUGAUGUUUAAUUGGAAUUUUAGGACGAUAAUUUGCAAAUAAAUGGAUAAUUAAAAUAAAGACCUAAAAUGCAUGAAACGGAGGAUUUAAUGGACGAAGCAGACGAAAACCAGGAUUGGUACCAAAAUGACCUCCAUCUUGCCGCAGAGCUUGGUAAGGCUUUACUUGAAACCAACAGAGAACUGGAAACACAGGCGAUGCAUUUACAACAGGUCAAACAUGAACAAAGUCUGGAGAUUGAGUUCCUAUCAAAGCAAUUGGAAACGGCCAGAGACAAUUGUGAUUCUCGGAUGAAGGUGUAUGAGGAAUUGGACAGACACAACCAAGAGUUGGAGAAAACCAAUCAAAGACUAGUUUUAGAUUCCAAGGGAGAUAAACAAAGGGUAGAAAAGUUAUUAGCAACAGUUGAGCAUUUGGAGGAUAAAUGUGAAGAGUAUCAGAAAAAAAUUGAGGAAAUGAAAAAAGAAGAGACAAUAAAACAACGUCAACAAAAACAAGAAAGCAGACGUGCCUUAAGUUUGGCAAAUUUAAGGGAAAGUAGCGAUUAUUUAAGGAAUAUAUACAUUUCUGAUUUACAGUGGACAUAUAAUGAUCAAUUCAAAAAAUUACCAAUGAACCCAUAUGAAGUUGAAAUAAAGAAACUUCAAGACAGCAUGAAACAAAUGAAGGCACAAAAAAUCAUUGAUAAAAGGAAACAGGAAGACUUAGAAACAGAAGUUUCAUUAUUGUGGGAUGAAAAUGAAGCAUUGGACAAAAAGAACAAAGAGUUUGAAGAACAAAUUCACAUUUUGGAGGAUGACCUCCAGAAAUCUAGACUAGAAACAACAAAAACAUUAGCUUAUGAAUUAAGUAAAUUUGAUCCUCAAAAUGUGAUAGCAAGUGAAGUAGAAGUUGAUGAUACAGAAUUCACUUCUAAGGGGAAGUUAGUUAAACUGGAUGGAGGUGGUAGUUUAUAUGGUAGUACCGAAUCUGUCAAUCAAAUUGCACCAGACACAAAAGAACUGUCGCCAGUUGAUCCGGAUAAAAACAGUGUUUCAAUUUUGAAUGAAUUAGAAACUCAAUAUCACAAUUUAUUUCAAAAGUAUGAAGAUUUGUUGCAAGGGAAGGGUAAAAGAUCUGGGAGCUUCAAUGAAGCAACAGGAGAAAGUUUUGAUUCAGUACUACAAAGACAACUUGCUGUGUCCCACAAAGAAGUUCAGACAUUGUUGAAAUUACACACAAAAGAUGCAUCCUGUGGAGGUGCAUCUGCCGAGGAUCCACCGCCAUAUAAAUCUAUUUUUAGAGAUAUAUUUGCAACUUUGAAGAAAUCACGGAUUGAGGAAUCAGGGGAACAUCCUACCUCAGCUAGUGGAACACCAUUAACAAGUCCAGUUUGCCCAGACGAAAAACCAGUUCAGUGAGAAAGCUGAAACACUGCCAAAUUAAACAGUAUUCUUCAAUACCAUUAUGCAUAUAAAUGUAAUUUGUUCUUUUUAUCACUAAAUGCAGUAUAUAUUACUACAGUUCUUGUCGUAAAACUUAGCGAUAAAAUUGAUAACAAGUCGUACUAAAAUGUUCACAAUUUGCAAGUUAUUAUCCUGCUAUGCUUUUGUGAAAAGAGUUCUUUAGAAUUUUCUCUGGAAUAUCUAUGUUCACAAAAAUGAUGUUAUUGUAAUGAAAUUCAGAAUUGUCUGGAAAAUGUAAGUAAUAUUAUAUUGGGUAUUAUUAAAUUAUAUCAAAUAUAUAUAUAUACAAUGUAUUCCAUAAUAUAAUAGUAUUUCAAUGUAUACCAUGGUUUGCACAUCACAAAGUGUACAACAAUUAAAGUAAAUAUGAAGCAAUAAAUAUUUUGGAUAAGAAAUAUCCUUCAUUAGUAUGAGCAGCCUAUGUUAAAUGGCAUGAUGAGAUUUAUUCAUAAAAAAAAUGAAGGUCAUCCACAUUAACACUGACCGUUGUUUGUAGAAAAAGAAAUUUACAUCUUUAUAUAUAAUCCUGAACUGCAUAGAAAUUAAGUAUUACAAUAUUUGAAAAGAUAGAUUUAUAUCAUUCUAUAAUCUUGUAAACUAUAUACUCUAAGCAUUUACAAUACACUUUUAAGAUGUAGUUUUUAAACUGUGUAAAGUAUUUUUUCCAUAACAAUCUGAUACUUUCAUUAGAAGAUCAAUAUCUACGAUCUAAGACGUUCUAUAAUAUAUAUAUGUAUAAAAUUAAUUAAAGUUUUGUACUAAUAUAAAUUUAUUUAAAAUAUAAUACACGUAAAUUGUAGUAUGCCAAUGCAUCUACAUAUUUAUUUAUCCAUGUUCAACACGUAGAAACAUUUGUGCCAGAUUUUAUUUUGAAUAUAUUAUGUAUAUUAUUAAUAUUAACAUGACAAAGUUAAAAUACUGGACAUCCUCGUUUGAUGUGACUGUGUUAGUGUAAUUUCUCUUCUUGGUUUCAGUCAUUUCAAUCAAGAAACUGGUAACAUUUUAGCAUGUCUUCGAACAAUCAUUUUUUUUUAUAUAAAGAGGUCUUUAUAAAUUAUGUUGUAAUGUUGUGUUUCUUCCGUUGAUGGCUCAAUAAAUUAUACCCCAAGUUACAUACAUUAUUUGUAUCUAAUAUUCAACAAAUUUUAAAAUCAGCCUAUACCACUAACCUUGACCACCCUUAUUUAGGAUUAAUUACCCUCAAAAUAUUAACUUUUUUUUAAAGCCAAUCAUAAUUAUUUGCCACCUAUAGUCUGAAUGGUACUUCAGGACGGAUUUGACUAUCAGUGAUGAACUUGGUACACCUAUAUAGUGCUAAAAAAUAAACAACAGAGAAUAAUGGGCUAAUAAUUUGGAAUAGAGAAAAUUGGUAUAAAAAUAUAGAUUUACAGAAAUAAAGACCCCAAUACAGAUCCUCAUGUUUGACUAUUUAAUGCUUUCUAUCAAUAUUGUAUUUAUAUGUCUGUUAUUGAAACAAGACAAUCAAAAAUGUGUUAGUGAGUACUGUGGAUUCAUUUCUAUUUGUUGGAUUCAAAUUUUAGUGGAUUUCUUGGUUACCUAGGAAUAUAAGAAACCACACAUUCCAAUGUCCAAUGAAUUACAAAUUUUUGGUAUGAAUAUAUGCAGACUUUGGCAAAACCCCAAAAUCAAAUAUCCACAAAAAUUGAAUUGGUUCUUACAAAAAUAAAUGAAUUCACAGUAGCUAGUUUCAUUGAAGCAGCAUUAUUAUGGUAAAUGACUUGCGAUGUUUGACCAAUACUUUUAUGAUAUUAUUGUUGUUGUUUCCAUGGAAACUCUAGUCUUUUAUUAUUGUCUAAUUUAUGUUGGAGUGAGCUAUUUUGUUUUCAAUAAAGCAAAAGAUAACUGUU